CUAAAAGCCCUGUGCUCAUCUGGAAACUAAGUAGAGAUGCUGAACCCUAACCUGAUGCUAAUCUUUAUAGCUCUCCAAAUCCCAUCAGCGGACUUGUCCCAGUGCCCAUAUGAUGUAGUAACGGAAGUGUUUUCCUGCCUAGCGAACGUGACAAGUUUCGAAGGCCAAUCCACAAUAGCUGGCGGAGACGUACAUAUACUUGAAGGAAAUUGCUGGAACGGUGGGUUCGAACGUGUGACGUUAUGCGUGGAAUCACUGUUUGCCAAUUGCAAUAAUAAAAAGGACGUCGAAGUUUUGAACAAACUUGUCAGUGUUGUCGCCAUUCGGUCAGCAUUUUCGGAUAUAUGUCGUCGUUUGGAAAUAUAUGCAAAUUCCAGCGAGUGUAUGAAAACUCAGAAUAUUCGCAUCCAGAGCUGCAUAGACGAAGAAUACAAGCGUUUUCACAACAGUUUGAAUGAAAUUCAAGAUAUCAUCAAGGAAUAUUGCAAAUAUUCUUGGGCGACAUCAGGAUGUAUAGAGAGACCCGUUCGGCACAGUUGUAACCCGGGAGUAGCCGACCUUCUGGUCAGUUUCAUGGGGGGAUUAACUCCUCCUAUGUGCAAUUCUGCCACAACAUUUGUCCCUGAUUUAAAGUUCCGACACAAUAACCCUGAGAAGGAACGUGCGUCCACGCCUUUGGGAAUGGCCAGCAGUGGCAACCUACGGUUUGAGGCACAUCUCUACGGCAUGGAGCGCCGAAUUUGGCCAUGA